CAACCGGAACUGGCCCCAUUUGCUCGCCGUAGCGCCUGACGCCAUUUUCAAAAGGACUAACCUUUAUUGCACACGCCAGCGUUGUUCAGCAGAAACGUUUAAAUAAAGAAACGGAUCGUUUGAAUUUUGAAGACAGAAGGACAUUGUUCCUCCCGGCCAUCAGACAGUAUGAUGGAGCUACCCAACUACAGCAGCCAGCUGAUGCAGCAGCUGUGGGCCCUGAGAAAAGAGGGCCACUUCUGUGACUGCACCAUCCUGGUGGGGGACAACUCUCACCGUGCACAUAAACUGGUGCUGGCUGCCUCCAGCAUGCUCUUCAGGUCUCUCCUCGAGGGCUCUGACACCAUCUCCAUCGACACAGCUGUGGUUUCCUCUCAGGAGUUCGGCUGUCUCCUGGACAUGGUCUACACUGGCAAGCUGCCCAUGGGGAAGCAUAACGUGAGCCGCGUCGUUGCCGCUGCGGACAGCCUGCAGAUGUUCGACGUGGCUGUCGGCUUUAAAAACAUCCUCACCAGCCUGGUGAACCAGCACACCCCGGCCCCAGCCAGCCCUGUGCAGACAACAAGUGAUCCUGUGAUCGACAAAUCCCAGUGUGUGAACCCCGAAGGUUCGGCAUCGCCCCCCGGGGACGUCCCGGCUGCAGACACAGUGGAGACGAGCGCUGAGGUGAAGAGGGAGCACUGUCAGGAUGACGGGGACGACGCAGAGGAACCAACAUGUAAAAGAUCCCGUGUGGGCGCCUCAGAGCCUGAAGAAGCAAAAUCCUCAGAGAGUGCAGUGGAAGAAAACGGCACAUCGGUGGCAAGCGAAGCGUCCAGUGAGUCUGCUGCCACAGAUCUCCUGAAACAAUCCUCUGAAUCCGCGGAGUCCACGAACGCGUCAUCGGUCCUGGAUCUGCUGAGCCGAGCGGCACAAAGCAGCGUGGACGAAAAGGAGAGAGAGGUUGUGCGUCAGUGCUGUGAGGAGGGAGAUCCCAGCUCAGUGUCGAAAAGGCUGAGUAGCGCAGUGAACCAGGGCCUGAUCGGCGACGUCGCUCUUCUCAAGCUGCUCCGGGCGUCUCAGCAGAACUCACCUUCACCCUCCUUCCUCCCCACAUCACUGCUCUCUCUGCUGGAGCAGCUGGAGGAGAACGCGCAGCUUCUUGACGGAAACCAAACCGGAGGUGACUCAGAACGAGAGAAAAGCCCCGGAAGUGAAGGAAAACGGGAGGUAGAGGUGGAAGAAGGAAACAAUAAGGAGGAGGCUGAAGAUGGUGAAAAAGACUCUGCGACAAACUCAUCACCUCCUCCUCCUUCUUCUUCCUCUUCUCCCGGCUCCAACACUAAACCCUACUCCUGCCACUGGUGCAAGAAGAGUUUUGAUUACAAGUGUCGAAUGCUGGCCCACACGAAGCGCUGCUCCAUGUCCCAGGAGUGUGAGCAGCAGUGCCCACAGUGCCCCGAGAAAUUCAGCAACGCCCGAGUGCUGCAGCGCCACCUGGCUGUGGCUCAUCGCAGCACCUCCCGGGUCAAGAAGAAGGUGGCCUGUGACCUCUGUGGACGCACGUUCGCUCAUCCGUCAGGUAUGAUCUACCACAAACGGACCGAGCACUUUGAGGAGAAGCCCUUCGCUUGCGAGGAAUGCGGCGCCAAGUUCGGCGCCAACUCAUCUCUGAAGAAUCACAUGCGUCUGCACACGGGAGAAAAACCGUACCACUGCAAACACUGUGACAUGAGCUUCAGUGUGGCGGCGGCACUCGCCUACCACACCAAGAAGAAACACUCCGAGGGUAAAAUGUAUGUCUGUCAGUAUUGUAAGGCGGUCUUCGCUCAGUCCAUAGAGCUGACGCGUCACGUGCGAACACACACUGGUGAUCGGCCGUAUGUGUGUCGGGAAUGUGGCAAAGGCUACAGCCAGGCCAGCGGCCUCACCGUGCACCUGCACACCUUUCACAACUUGUCAGAGCCCCACGACUGUCAGAAGUGUUGUCUCAGCUUCUCCUCGUUGGAGGAGCAUCGGCAGCACAUCCAGGAGCUGCACCCGAAGGAGUUCCACAAGUGCUCCAGCUGCGACAAGGUGUUCACCAGCGCCGCCCUGCUGGACAAACACAAGAACACGCACACCGGAACGAAGCCCUUCAGCUGUGAGCUUUGCAACAAGUCGUACCAGCAACUUUCAGGGCUGUGGUACCACAACCGGACCAACCACCCCGACGUGUUCGCUAGCCACACCCGGCAGCUCAAGACCCUGGUCCAGUGUGACACCUGCUUUAAAUUCUUUCCCAGUGCAGCAAGUCUGGUUAAACACCAAGUCGCCGAGCACCAACAGCACCAAGACUCUGAGUCGGUGGCAGCUCGUUGCCCCUACUGCCCCGCGGUCCUGGGUGGGGAUGAGGAGGUGCAGGAGCACAUCAGCAGCCAGCACAUCAACCAGUGCAGCGAGGCGUUCAGCUGCCCUGUGUGCUCUCUGGUCUGCACCUCCCACCUGGAAGUACAGGAGCACAUCCUGGCCUGCCACGUGGAGCAGGAGCAGGAGCAGGAGCAGGAUAACGGGGAGGAGGAGGAGCAGGCCUCCACUUCAUACACGGAGAUUUCAGAGAAUCCAGCGGGGGGACGAGAGGAAGGGACGGAGUCGACCGUUCUACCCGAAGAGCAAAAGCAGCUCGGUGAUGGCCAACAGGUGUUAGUAGCUCUAGCAGGUGGGACAGAAAGUAGAUCUGCAGCGGAUGUGGUGGAGGUGAACAUGUACGACCUGCUGAACAGCUCAGUCACCUUCAUCUGUGAGGACAAACCGGCAGCGUCUGAGUCUUAACACCGUGUCUGACGUCGGGGACUCCUUGUGCUGUUACCGAUCUAGAUUUUGGACUUUUAAAACCAAACACGAAAGCAGAAAACGUAUUACCUUGAGUUGAGGCUGCUUCCUCACGUGUUUCUACGUCAGUUUCCGAACGUUUCGGACCACUUAGAGAUGUUACGUACACUUUUAGGAGUAUGGUGUGUAGCUUUAAAAGUUCUCUUAACUUUUCACUGAAGUCCACAUACUGUGAAAGAUCGUUGGGUAAAGUUUGCGUUACGUUCACCGACACUAUGAAAAGACUGUUCAUCUUUCACUACUUUCUGAAGUUAAAUGCCCCCGUCUGUGGAUCCUCAGUGGAAUAAAUGGGUCACUGUGUAGUUCACUGUUCAAACAUGUGCUUCAUCACCUGGAAAUGUCCUUGUUUUUGAAAGAGAAGACAUUAAAGUAGCAUUAAAUUGAUUAUAAA